GUUCCACAUUUGAACUGUUAAAGAUUUGCAACGUCGUUUACAGCCGAGCGCCACGGUUCCUGCCAGAUAUGCACUUCGCGGUGCGGCGAAGCGCAUCUAUUGAGAAAGGAUGUCCAUCUCUCCAGUGAUACUAGUUUAAUUGUAUUUUUCCUUUGGGACACCGGUGCUGGUGCUGGGAGCUGGAACAAACCCGAGCAUCAUUGCAAAAUCAAUGAGCAAGAAAUUAUUCCGGAAUAGAGUGUGAAACACUGUCACUGGUCAAGCAGUUCAAAUGAUCGCUUUGCUGUUCUCUGAUUAUGAGAACAUUAUGAUGGCUUCGGUAUACUCAUUUUCUACUUUUAGGUAUUGCUGGAUGAGAGGAGACGAUCCGUUUGCUGCUAUGAGGAACCUGAAACGCUUCAGCGACAGAGCUGCUGCCGGCGAAUUUUUCCUUCAAGCUGCGGACAUCCGUGAUCCUAAUGAUCACAUCCUCUCGCAGGAAGAUUUCGAUGAGAUAACGGAUUUCAAUGACCUCCCGACCUCACUCUUUGCCUGCAACGUGCAUCAGUCUGUUUUUGAAGACGAACAGCGAAGGGAGAAGUUCGAAGCGCUUUUCUUGGCUUAUGAUGACCAUGCCACAUUCCAGCUGUUUAAAAGUUUCAGACGUGUACGGAUUAACUUCACCAAUCCCAAAGUAGCAGCCCGCGCCAGAAUAGAACUCCACGAAACAAAGUUCAAUGGGAAAAAGCUAAAACUCUAUUUUGCACAGGUUCAAAAUCAAGGUUCAGAUGGAGAUAACCUGCACCUUGCCCCUCCACAGCCAGCAAAACAGUUUCUCAUCUCCCCUCCAGCAUCACCACCUGUGGGUUGGCAACAAAUUGAUGAUGCAACUCCAAUCAUCAACUACGAUCUUCUCUAUGCAGUGGCAAAACUGGGACCUGGGGAGAAGUACGAAUUACAUGCAGGAACUGAAUCAACUCCCAGUGUGGUUGUCCACGUCUGUGAUAGUGAAGCAGAGGAUGAAGACGAACCGAAGAAUUCUCCAAAACCAAAAAUAAUUCAAACCCGCCGUCCUGAUCUGCCACCAGCAAUGUCCAAUUGAAAUAUUGAUGCACAGUUUUAGUCAAAGUAUCAUCUAGUGCUCUCUGCUGUGGCCAUACUCUGUUGAGAAGAACAAUGGUCUGUUAUUCACAGAUGUAUUUGUUUUUGAGCCCCUCCUGAGUUUCUAAGGCUUACCAAGAUAGAAUGGAAUGGUUACUAUGUGCAUGCCUAUUUGCUAUAUACAGAUUAGUAUCUGAUCAUAUCAUAAUUCAUUCAUUUAUGUUAGAUUUGCAUUAGUAAAACCCAGGAAUAAUUGUAAAGCUUGGCAUUAUAACUCCAAGAUGAAUAUAAUUUAGACGACUAAGCACAUGGUAACCUGCUGUUCUGAAAAUGAUUUGGUAUAACUGUUCGAUCCAAUUUUAAAUUUGGCUUAAAGUCUUUGAGGCAUAUUGUGAUUAUGUCUGCUGUGUUCUCUGACUUGUUCAGGAAAUGAAAAAGGUUAAUGAGCGGUCUGAGUUUUACUUUGUUGGCACUGAAUUGCCAAUGAUGUCCUUGGUGAAAGUCCUGUGAGGCAUUAAAGAUAUGAGGCAACCUUGGGGGAAAUACUAUCUUUAAUUUACACCAAUGUGCAGUACAUAAUGUCAGCAUCUUCUAAUAUAUUCUUGUGAAAAGGUGUAACUGUAAUUUGUAUUUUUAUCACUGUUUUAUUAUUGAUAAAAUGUACUGAUUAAAGUUAUAUGCAAUAUACUUACUAAAAUAGGAAUGAUAGACUGAAUAUAGACAUGGACAGAAAAAUAAGCAUUAUUAUAGUCAUGAAAUUUCCAAUCUACAUAUCUUUUCAGGAUGAGUAUCAAUGGACCAUAUUAUCAUCUGUUGCCUUGAAAUUUCCCAUUGUCCCAUUUCAAAACAUCUUUAUGAUCCAAUUAGCACAAAAUGACCCAAUAUUCCAUUUUAUAGAAAACAGUUUUUAAAAAAUAAAAGUAAUUUACGUAACUACAGGGUUUUUAAAACUUUUUCGCAUUUUCUCAGUGUAGCUUUUCUUUGACUGUGCUUUGUAUAUUACUGACACACAGUGUAUACAAUCAGAAGUGUCAAAUUAAUAGAUUGAAAAAUAUGGUCUAUGAGUUACUUGAAGGUUUAAUGAUAAUUAGUGCACUUAUUGUCUUUGGACAUAAGUUCUAGUGGCACAGUUAAGAAGAUAUAAAAAACUAAACUAAACUUUAUCUAUCUACAGUUACAAUAAACAAAUUAUCAUUUUUCUUGAUUCUGCUUUAUUUUGAUAAAUUUGCAUAUAUAACCAAAGACUGCAAAUUGGAUUAGAAACUCAUUUAAAUUAAUCAGAAUGUUAUGACUUUUCAAUCAUAUUUUCAAGUUUCAUGCAAUGAAGUAUUUGUUUAUGGCUCUCAAUAUUAUAUAGUUAUUCACUUUUAUUCUGGAUAACCAAUUUGCUUUGUUCAAUUAAUAUUAUCUAUCAUAAUAACAUUUAAUGAGCAUUUUGCUUAUUGUAUGUGUCACUGUUUCUGUGGUGUUUUGACAUGUUGCAAGUAACUUUUCUUUUGGUUUCUACUCUACAUUUUAAUCAGCUACUAUGAUUUCAUGAAUAUUCUUUUUUAAAUAACAUGAAAAAAACAACAGGACAUUGGAAUUAGAUUGCCUAGGUGCAAAAAUAUCACAAAGGAAAUGUUAAAAUGUGCCAAAAGGCUACAAGAAGAACCAGUAAAUAAGUCUACAUAGUAAGUGUAAUCAUUCAGAAUGUGGAAAUUUUAUAGUCCAAUACAGUCAAAUCUUAUUAUAGCAAAUUCAAUGAUCGAUUCAUUCCACAUUCUAAUCUCAUGAAACUGCGUUAAAAUGAAGAAUUACAUGAAUUCCAUUGACAAUGUUAAAUUCCCAUCUAAUAUUAAGCUAAGUGACAUUUCAACUCAAUUCUCCUCGAUAUCUUUCAGUCCUGGCUUUCGCUGUAACUUUCCCCAAACAGUUUGAAAUUAGUGGUAUUCUUUCUCAAAGGAGCCCUUUAGAUCCCAGGGUUGUACUGUGUUCAGAAAUCCUUAGGGGCUAUCUUAAAGGGAUGAUUAGCUAAUGAUAAUGAGAUGCUUUGCCAAGUGACUAGAGCUUUUGUGUAUAGUUAGAAAAUGACAUUGUUAGUAACUAUUAGUAUUGGAUAUUGUCUGUGUUAUUAUGUGUCUUUGCCACUUAAUGGGUGCUAGUUAUAAUACUUUUUAAAUUAAUUGCCUUAUAUAUGUAUGUCUGGUAUGUAUCUGUCGUUAUUUGGUCUGUGCACGGAACAGUGUCUUAUUGUUCAAAAUGGUGGUCAUUGUGGCAGAAUUGUACCCGUGUCUGAUCAGAGAUUUUGCAAAAGGCACGCUCUCUCAAACACAUCUUUGAAAAUCCCUUCAUUCAAUUAUAAACACACUUAGGCUCGUUCAAAUUUUGUGAUUAAAUAAUCAUGAUUAUUGGUCAUAUAAAGCAAUGCCUCAUUUAAGUCUCUUUUUAAAAAUGCUAUUCUUUCUUGCCUCUGUAACAUGAAGCAUUGUCCUUACAAGUAGUUUACGACACAUUUGUUUGGUUACCAAAUGAGUUGUGCUACAUUACUAAUCACUCAUCACCUUAUCGUGUAAUUCUUUAAACAGCUCUUGUUGCAAUGACCCUAAGAACUUGUGAAUGUCAGGACAGGCAUAAUGAACACCACUGGAAUUUGCAUUAAGAGAUGGCUAUGAAACCAUCAGCACUCAGUGCAUUAAGUAAGAGAGGAAGUUUAGACAUGUGUAGACAAUGGCUGAAACCUGGAUAUCUCUGCAUAAUUUCGUGCACUCUGCUUGGCAUGUUAUGAUCUAAUACCCUACUCAGACUGCAUUUCGACAACCCUCUCUAUCAUACUCUUAAGAAAUCAGUAAACUAAAGCAAAAAUAGGUUACUUAUGAAUUAUCCUCACUUUAAAACACAGAUUUUGGUGGGAUUCUGUGCAUACAUUUAGGGUGCUUUUAUUGGCAUACUGAACCAUUAUAGCUCAACAACCUCUCUGGCCUUCAAUAAAUAAUUUUAUCUGUGUGGAUUGCCACUCACUCAGAAAAAAAAUUUCAAAAUUACAUUGAUUUUAAAAUAAAAAGCUAUUUUAUUUUAGUUUUCAAGUUUGUUUAUGAUAUAUCAGCUUUGACCUUCAUCUCAUGUGUAUGUAAAAUUCUUCAUUUCACACUCUUGUAAAGAAAAUUGAUUUAACAAAAAUAUCAUUUUUUUACUUCCUGGAUUACUGUCUACAAGAAUUCUUCAUAGUGAAAGGCUGCUCAGUUUGCUUGUUGACAUCAAAGUUUCUGGUUGCCAGAGAGCCCUUUGAGAUAAUACCUGACUAAUAAUGUAGGAAAUGAUAAAAUCUAUGCCACUGAGAUCUUUGAGCUCGAUCUUUGCGAAUGGCUUUAAAAUCCAUUAUUGCUUCAUUGUUGGCUGCAAAUCUCAUGCCUGUGUAAAUAAAAAAAUUAUUCAUUUUUCCA